AUUGUGUACCAAAUUAAUUUUUCUAACCUAAAAUCGGAACACAAGCUGCAUUUCUGUAAUGUGAUACACGCUAAAUCAGUAUUGUUUCACAGACAUAAAAGGGAAUCCUUCGUUUUGGCUAUAAGUAAUUAUAUCCGCUGUGUGGACCUGGCUAUGUCUACAGUGGGCUCAUCAGGGGCUGCAUGUUUUUUUUAGGCUGUCAGUGAGAAAGGGGAAGUUUGAGUUGCGUUACAUUUCGGUUUCCUGUAAAGGGUUCGAUGAGGAAGCUGAGAGGACCUGAUCCGAAACUAAAACUCAGAAGCCCAGCCUGCUCGCAGGGGGCUGCUUGGGGCUAUUAACAGGGAAGGCUGGUCUGUCCUUGAAGUGAGAUUGGGGCUUGUGUGUUCAGAGCUUCGUUCAAGACUUCAGCACAGGCUGCUUGGAGAUUAAUAACUUGCUAACCUGGAGCUCGUGGUGUUGGUCUUGUAUUGCAAGUUGAUAAAGUCGUGGGUUUGCUGAAGCACGCUUAUCUCUCUGCUUGCACUCUGUCGAACUCAUCGGAAUUCCUUCCUGAAACUCGCUGCCGAUGGUUCCCCCUGGCUGAGGGAGAAUGGAGUGCAGUCAGGACUCGGUUCCGAUCGGGAAGAACAAGUACAUCGCCAAAAGUGGACUUUUGUCACAUUUGAAAACUUACAACCUGUACUAUGAGGGACAGAACCUGCAGCUGCGACACAGAGAGGAGGAGGAGGAGCUGAUAGUGGAGGGCUUAUUAAACAUCUUCUGGGGGCUGCGCCGGCCAAUCAGAUUGCAGAUGCAAGAUGACAACGAGCGAAUCAAACCGCCCCCUUCCUCCACAUCCUGGCACUCGGGCUGCACGCUGGACACACAGACGCCUGAGAGCACAAAGUGGGAAACGCCCACUAUCCAGAUCACAGAGCCGGAGAGCCAGUCAGAAGAGAACAGUUCUGUUGCCGAGGAGAACAAUGCAGGCUCGACAGAGUGCGAAGAGGAGGACUCCCCUCAGCUCCUCCGAACAAAGAGCGAUGCGGGCGUGUGGAGGAGGGGCAACCGGCGGACCCCCAGCGACCAGCGACGACUCAAACGCCACCGAUUCUCCAUCAACGGACACUUUUACAACCACAAGACGGCGGUCUUCACUCCUGCGUAUGGUUCUGUGACGAACGUGCGGAUCAACAGCACCAUGACAACGCCUCAAGUGCUGAAGCUGCUGCUGAACAAAUUCAAGAUUGAAAACUCUCCUGAUGAAUUCGAGCUGUACCUGGUGCACACGAGUGGAGAGCGUCAGAGGCUGAUCCUGACAGACUACCCCCUGCUUGUGCGAGUGCUGCAGGGCCCCUGUGAGCAGGUCAGCAAGAUCUUCCUGAUGGAGAAGGACCUGGGCGAGGAGGUCACCUACGACGUGGCUCAAUACAUCAAGUUUGAGAUGCCAGUGCUGCAGAGCUUCAUCACCAAGCUGAAAGAGGAGGAGGACCGCGAGGUUCAGAAACUCAAGACAAAGUACACAACCAUUCGCUCAAUGAUCCAACAGAAGAUACAGCACCUAGGCAAUGGGCCGACCUCCAUGUAACCCCCACCCCCCUACACACGAGAGAAGGGGCUUGUUUUUGUGCCAGCUAGCCAAGGGCAAAGAUCACAGUGGCACAGAGCCUGCUGGCACCGUGCCCUCCUUCAUCCUCCAUUUGAAUCAAUGCACUUUCUCUUUGUACCAGCAAGCAAGACUGAAUGUAUGUAUAUGUGUAGAAUUGACAGCUCUCCACCUGUCCUGCCUGCGUGUCUCUUUUUUUCUGUGGCGUGAGUCCUCUUUAUCUAACGCUGUACUGGACGCUUGGAGAUCGAACGCCUGCUUUCUGCUGGCGAGCCUCCACUGUGACCGGGGGCUGUCUGACGAGGGUCUCCAUUUAAACCAGGAUGAGCCCACACUGCUCCAGACAGAAACCAACAGGACUGAUUUCCAGCCCACUUUCAACUUGGUACACAGUGGAGAUGGAAACAAGGCAGAGGGACCCCAGUGUCGGAGCCCAAAUUCGGACGCCUGCCUGUUGUUCUACUGGAGCUGUAGCAGAGCCUGAAGAUGUCAUUUCUAACCUGCUGUGCAACUGAUGCCGUGUGGACAGUAGGACCUUGUUUCAGUUGGACCCUGAAAAUAAACUGCAGGGGGCUGGACAUAUAAUCAGAAGCAAUGUGUAGCUCACACUCAAGUCAAAAUGAGUGUCUCUUAAUGCUACUGUUUUGUGGUGCAUACGUGCUCUGUAAUAUAUAAAUUACUCAGAAAAAACUAACAACUGAACUAGUUACAUUGCAUCAGUGCUGGCUUUCCACGUUGGCCCAGCGCCCUGUUGACAGUGUUAUGGCAGGUCUUCAUCAUUUUAUGUCCAGGGCCUUGUAUAUUUGAAGCAGUUGUGAGCACAGGGAUAAAGCACAGAAUGGAGGGAUGUUGUAUUUGCUGUUUUCUGGGUGUUUAUUUUUGAUUUUCCCUGUUAAUUGGAGCAGUCCGAGCCAGUGCAAGUUAUGUUCAUUAUUGCCUGGCUAAUAUAAGAAUAAUAAUUCCGGCAUCUCAUUUUCCAACCAUUGCAUUUUUAGAUGAGCAAUAUCUUGUGUUGAAACUUGGUAGGGUGCUUUGUUUUGACUGAAUGUUCUGACUGCUGAUUGACUGAGCCUGGCUGUAUCUUGAGAGUCACUGUGUUUGGUCUUGCAGCACUCCUCAGAGCUUCUGUC